AUGUAUACUAAUUCACAAGACCAAGUUGCUCGGGAAUUUGUCCAAUUUUACACCAACUUACUAGGUAAAAGUAAGCCGGUUCGGCUUAUUGAGCUGGACAUUAUUAGCAAUGGACCUUUGAUAUCUUUGGAACAAGGUAACUCAUUGAUCCGGGACAUUUCUAGUGAGGAGAUCAAAAGAAGCACUCAUUGGCUAUCAUGGAAUUCUUCUCAUCAGGAUACAUCCUCAAACAAAUCAACUACAUUGUCAUUGCUUUGGUGCCAAAGUCAAGUCACGUACCUAGCGUUGGAGAUUAUAGGCCUAUAUCUUGUUGUAAUGAUAUCUACAAAGUCAUCGGGAUACAUCCUCAAACAAAUCAACUACACUGUCAUUGCUUUGAUGCCAAAGUCAAGUCACGCACCUAGCAUUGGAGAUUAUAGGCCUAUAUCUUGUUGUAAUGCUAUCUACAAAGUGAUUAUUAAAAUCCUUGCUUCUAGAUUGAGGCUUAUCUUGGGGAACAUUGUGGACCAUGCACAAGCCACUUUUGUUGAGGGUAGGAUUAUGAUGGAAAACAUCCAUCUUACCCAAGAACUCAUGAGACAAUAUAAUAGAAAGAAGAUUGCUCCGAGAUACCUCCUAAAAAUUGAUCUAAGAAAAGCUUAUUAUUCGAUAAGUUGGGAUUUCCUUAAAGGUUUUCUUGAACACUUCCCUUCGAGAUUUAUACAAAUGGUUAGGGCUGCCAUAAAUGAUAGUGAAUAUAAUUAUCACCCUAAUUGUGGCCCCUUAAAGAUCACUCACUUAGGUUUUAUGGAUGAUUUUAUACUCUUUGCAAGGGAAGAUUUUAUGUACUAA